UGGGCUUAGUCUCUUGCACCUCUGACAUCUUCGUGAGAAGAGCUUCUGGAGUAGCUGCUGCCUCUUCAGCCUGGACCCUAGAAUAGCAAAGAGACAAGGACACAGACUCAACAUCUUGAGACAGAGCCUCAACCAGACAACCCAGACGACUCAGCCAAUGCAGCACAGACUAACUGUCUUCAUAUUACUGACACUAAAUCCAACUGUGGGCAGGGAUCUUGAAUCCCGUGCAUUCCCUACAACCAGUCUGUAUUUUCGCUUUGCCGAAGAGGAGACAUGGAUGAUGACAGAACACUGACAAACUCAGUAGAUUCCCAGUCUUCAGGAGAUGUUAUCACUUUCAACCUUACUGGAAAGUCACAAGAACCCUCAAAAAGGCAUAAAAAGAGACUUUGUAUCUCUAAAAUUAUCACCACUGUCAUCUUCUUCCUGGUGAUUUUGAUAACUACACUGGCCUCAAUUUUAUCAGUCAAAAAAGACAAAUCUUCCACUGAAUGUAUGCCAUGCUUGAAUGGCUGGAUUGGUUACCUGGGAAAGUGCUUCUAUUUUUCUGAAAAUACAAGAACCUGGGCAGCAAGCCAGAACUUCUGUGCGUCUCAUGCAGCCACUCUUGCUGUCUUCAACACCACAAAAGAACUGGAUUUCCUGAAACGAUAUUCUGACCAUUCUCAAUAUUGGAUUGGACUGGGUCGAGAACCAGGACAGACCUGGAAAUGGAUAGAUGGAACCAUAUACAGUGGUUGGUUUAAAAUAAUUGGAAUCGGAGAAUGCGCCUAUCUACACAAAAUUGGGAUUAGCAGUGCCAGUACGCACUUGGUUAGAAAAUGGAUUUGCAGCAAACCAGACACAUGUAUACCCAGAAGUUAAGACAUCAUAGAUCUAAGAUAUUUUACACAAAAUGUAGUUUUCAUUCCUCUUAAAAG